UAAAUAUUCUACUAAUACAUCAACUAAAACAACUUUCUCGAUAGUGCUACAUUAUUUAUAAAAUUGUUUACACUUGUCAGAAGUAUCCCAAAGACAUACCAAGCAAAAAAUACAGUUUUAGGCUACAGUAGCUUCCCAAGAUCAACACUGUGUUUCGUAAUUUAAUGUCAAUCAAAUUAUUUCACAACCUGCCCUAUGUACAGUCGGUAAAAAAAGUAUUGGCACAUCAAUAUAGUUUCAAAUAUUUACGCAACGAAAAGUUCUAACUUUACCAAUUAAACUAUAUUACACUCAAUUUUCAAAUGAAAACUAAAUCACAAAAUAUAAAAUUCCCGUCAUUGUUAACAAAAUAUUUCCAUAGAAAAAACGCAUUUUAUUUUACAAAAAAAAUAUUGGCACACUCGAAUUGCAUUACUACCACUACAGAUAAAAGAAGAAUAAAACCUUAUAUUCGCUUACUGAAACUGAUUAAUAAUUUGUACUAAGACUAGAGUAUUAAGUUACGUUUAGUGUUAUUUUGAAUUUCUCUAUUCAUUGGCCCUGUUUACAUGAGCAAUCUAUUAAUCCGGGGUAAAAGAAGGGUACAGGGAUUUUACAGGGCAAUGUAUAAUCGUUAAGAAAACCCGUUUACACGCAAAAGAAUUUCCUCUACGUCAUUGGUCACAUGAUAAAUCGGAAGUAAGAAAAUAUAUCCCAUCACUCCUUGCAAUAUUUUUGUUUACAUUUUGAGGUAAAGUUUUUUAUACUUUUCAUUUAAAAUGGAUAAUAUUCAAAUAAUAUCAUUGUUAUUCGUUCAAAAUAUUGAAAAUGCUUUGAGCGGCAUAAAUGAUGCUCGGAAAAGGCGUAUUAAAAGGAUGUUAAACAUCCUGUGCAGAUCAGCAGUUUCAUCCUUAAGUUUAGCAUUUCCGCACAGGAGAAUGUGGAAACAAAUACGGCAUUCAAAAUGGUUUGAAAAGACAGUUCUCCAACAUUAUGAUGAUAGUAGAUGGAAAGAAACUUUUAGAAUAAACAGGUCAACAUUUACAAUCAUCUGUGACUUCCUUCGCCCUCAUCUCCAAAAGAAGAAAGUGGUACGAGAUGUUUUCUCAGUUGAAGUAAGAAUAGCUGUGAUGUUACUGCGACUCAGCAGCUCUUCUGAACUUCGAAAUAUUGCUGAGUUAUUUGGAAUGGCAAGGAGCACUGUGUGUGUUAUUGUGCAACAAACAACUCGAGUGGUGGUGAGUUGCUACAUGGAGGAAUUGAAAUUUCCUGAAGGAGAUGAA